ACACGAGCGCUGCUGGAGACGUAGAGGACACAUGCCCCGCUGUUCUUUAUAAAACCGUGCUGUCUCUCUCCUCUGCCUAUACCCAGCGGUGGCAGGCAGUGUAUUGAACUUAGUCGUGUGCCUUUUCUUCAUCAAAAGCAAAUUCGCUUGCAUCUAACAAAAUGGUGAACUUUACCGUAGACCAGAUCCGUGGCAUCAUGGACAAGAAGUCCAAUAUCCGGAACAUGUCCGUGAUCGCGCACGUGGACCAUGGCAAGUCCACCCUGACGGACUCUCUGGUGUCCAUGGCCGGUAUCAUCGCCUCAUCGCGCGCCGGGGAGACCCGCUUCACCGACACGCGCAAAGACGAACAGGAGCGCUGCAUCACCAUCAAAUCAACGGCGAUCUCCAUGUACUACGAGCUGAGUGAGAGCGACCUGACCUUCAUCAAGCAGUGCAAAGACGGCCCCGGCUUCCUCAUCAACCUCAUCGACUCUCCCGGGCACGUCGACUUCUCCUCCGAGGUCACGGCCGCGCUGCGCGUCACCGACGGCGCCAUGGUGGUCGUGGACUGCGUCUCCGGCGUGUGCGUGCAGACGGAGACCGUGCUGAGGCAGGCCAUCGCCGAGCGGAUCAAGCCCGUCCUGAUGAUGAACAAGAUGGACCGCGCCCUGCUGGAGCUGCAGCUGGAGCCCGAGGAGCUCUUCCAGACCUUCCAGCGCAUCGUGGAGAACAUCAACGUCAUCAUCUCCACCUACGGGGAGGACGAGGCCGGGCCCAUGGGCAGCAUCAUGGUGGACCCCGUCAUCGGGACGGUGGGGUUCGGCUCAGGGCUCCACGGCUGGGCCUUCACGCUGAAGCAGUUCGCCGAGAUGUACGUGAGCAGGUUCACCACCAAGGGCGACGCCCACCCGGGGCCUGCGGAACACUGCAAGAAGGUGGAGGACAUGAUGAAGAAGCUCUGGGGAGACAGGUUUUUUGAUCCGGCUGCUGGAAAGUUUAGCAAGUCGGCCACUGGCCCUGAUGGGAAAAGGCUUCCCCGCACAUUCGUCCAGCUCGUCCUGGACCCCAUCUUCAAAGUGUUCGACGCCAUCAUGAACUUCAGGAAGGAGGAGACGGCCAAGCUGAUCGAGAAGCUGGACGUCAAGCUGGACGCCGAGGACAAGGACAAGGAGGGCAAGCCCCUGCUGAAGGCCGUGAUGCGUCGCUGGCUGCCCGCCGGCGAGGCCCUGCUCCAGAUGAUCACCAUCCACCUGCCGUCGCCCGUCACCGCGCAGAAGUACCGCUGCGAGCUGCUGUACGAGGGGCCCGGCGACGACGAGGCCGCCAUGGGGAUUAAGAACUGCGACCCCGAAGCCCCGCUGAUGAUGUACAUCUCCAAGAUGGUGCCCAGCACCGACAAGGGCCGCUUCUACGCCUUCGGCCGCGUCUUCUCCGGCCGCGUGUCCACCGGCCAGAAGGUGCGCAUCAUGGGGCCCAACUUCACCCCCGGCAAGAAGGAGGACCUCUACGUGAAACCCAUCCAGAGGACCAUCCUGAUGAUGGGGCGCUACGUGGAGCCCAUCGAGGACGUGCCCUGCGGCAACAUCGUGGGCCUGGUGGGCGUGGACCAGUACCUGGUGAAGACGGGCACCAUCACCACCUACGAGCAGGCCCACAACAUGAGGGUGAUGAAGUUCAGCGUCAGCCCCGUGGUGAGGGUGGCCGUGGAGGCCAAGAACCCCGCCGACCUGCCCAAGCUGGUGGAGGGGCUGAAGCGCCUGGCCAAGUCCGACCCCAUGGUGCAGUGCAUCAUCGAGGAGUCCGGCGAGCACAUCGUCGCCGGCGCCGGGGAGCUGCACCUGGAGAUCUGCCUCAAGGACCUGGAGGAGGACCACGCCUGCAUCCCGCUCAAGAAAUCGGACCCGGUGGUCUCCUACAGGGAGACGGUGAGCGAGGAGUCCAGCCAGGUGUGCCUGUCCAAGUCGCCCAACAAGCACAACCGGCUGUACAUGAGGGCGCGGCCCUUCCCCGAAGGCCUGGCCGAGGACAUCGAGAAGGGGGACGUGAGCGCCCGGCAGGAGCUGAAGGCCCGCGCCCGCUACCUCGCCGAAAAGUACGAGUGGGAGGCGACCGAGGCCCGCAAGAUCUGGUGCUUCGGGCCGGACGGGACGGGACCCAACCUCCUGAUGGACGUGACCAAGGGGGUGCAGUACCUGAACGAGAUCAAGGACAGCGUGGUGGCCGGGUUCCAGUGGGCUGUCAAGGAGGGGGCGCUCUGUGAGGAGAACAUGCGCGCCGUGCGCUUCGACGUCCACGACGUGACGCUGCACGCGGACGCCAUCCACCGCGGCGGCGGCCAGAUCAUCCCCACCGCCCGCCGCGUGCUGUACGCCUGCCAGCUCUCCGCCCAGCCCCGCCUGAUGGAGCCCAUCUACCUGGUGGAGAUACAGUGCCCGGAGCAGGUGGUGGGCGGGAUCUACGGCGUUCUGAACAGGAAGCGAGGUCACGUGUUCGAUGAGACGCAGGUGAUAGGCACGCCCAUGUUCAUCGUCAAGGCGUACCUCCCCGUCAGCGAGUCCUUCGGUUUCACAGCGGACCUGCGCUCAAACACCGGGGGGCAGGCCUUCCCCCAGUGCGUGUUCAACCAUUGGCAGAUCCUCCCGGGGGACCCCAGUGACCACGCCUCCAAACCCGCCCACGUCGUCGCGGAGACCAGGAAGCGAAAGGGACUGAAGGAGGGCAUCCCUGCCCUGGACAACUUCCUGGACAAACUGUAAAAACGUUACAUCACUUCCUGUCCCACUUCUGUUCUCUCUCUUUUUCGUCUAUAACCCCUUCACUCCACUGCCACAGUAUGGUUUGUAGUAUUUUUAAAAAUGCACAAACCAAAAUGGAAGGUCUGUCCAGUAACUGGACAAAAAAUAACAAAUGGUGUAUAAAACUAUAAAGGGUAAAUAAAGGACAAUAAAAUUGUUA